GCCAAACAAAAACAUCACAGCCAACAACAACAUUCAUUCCGCUCUCUUGCGAUGCGCGCACGAUGGACCAACAGACGCCGAUAGCAAAGUCUCUGCAUAGACUCUGCGUCGAGAACCCGCGUUUUCUUGUUCACCCUCUAUUCUGGACUUCAGAGCACCUUCGAGUUCUGCACUGCCAUUUCAAUCACCUCGACUUUGCCCCUCUCCCUCCCUCGCUACCACCAUCACCGCCGCUUUCGCCCAGCAGCGACGUCGAGCCAGAUCUCUCAGAGAUUGUCCAGCAGCUGCUAAACGCCCCAGGCCCCAGAACCAGGUUCACCUGUAUUUACAAGUUGCUGCGUCAUCAUGGCUUGGUCAGCACCCGAUGGCAGCCUCACUUCCUCUACAACAAGCAGAGAGCGCAUUCACCAGACUGCAGAGUCUUUCAGUCAAGCGCAGUGCAUAAACUCCAGCAGCGGCCGAUGAUUGGUACCUUUCAAUACGAAGAACUCAUAAAGCAGCGGGAACGAGCCCUCACACCCAAACGCCAUCCCAUUGCCGGCGCCGACAAUCUUCCCGUGGAGAGACUUUACCAGCGCCGAAUGCGCGACUUGACUCCUGCCCUGUGGUUUGAGGACCCGUACUUGGUCUGCAUCCUACUAUCUUUGGCUCAGCUUCAAUGGCAGCAUCGUCGGUGGACGCCAGAAACCCUCAUCGUACGUCUGUCUACGUUCCCUUCUUACUAAUUCCACUGACAAUUAGUUCCCCAGGUCCGAUUGCUAGUAACCAACGU